AUGUUGUUCUCCUCGAAACAGAGCCAAGGCAAUCGCCAGGGCUGUAUCGACACCGACGACGGGAAUCUGUUGUGCUCGUUUGAUACCGAGGGCGACGCGUCACUUUCCUCGCUUGUCGUAGGCUCUACCUCGCGCGCUACGACUCCUUCGUCUCAUUCGGUCGGCGAACAGCGCCUUUCUUCCUCAUUCUCGAAUUCGAACCGCGCACCGACCAAUGACCACCCCCUCGCUGCGACUUCGCGCCCGUCCUCAUUUUCUUCUGCUUGUUCUUCGUCUGCAGAGAAGGAAAGUGAGCACGCAGGCCGAAGCGAGAGGAACCCUUCAGGCAGUGGCAUCGCCUUUUCUUCUGGAAGCCAAAGUCGACAUCAACCUACCUCUGGACCUACAGCAAGUUCCCAUUCUGUCCCCUACCGCUCGGUUGGGAAAGGCGAUGUGCGGAAACUCUCCUUCGAACCUCCUUCACUUCCCUAUUUGAAACCUUCUCACGUGCUGCCAUCUUCCACCUCUCCGCAAGCUUCGACUCUCCCUUCCUCCUCUUCCUCUUCUUCUUCUUCUGUUCCCUCGUCUAUUCGUCUUCGUCAGUCGGUCGGCGCGAUGUCGUCGGCGUCGUCUCUGGCCUCUUCCACGUCAGCGGCAGCUUCACGCUACGCUUCUCAGGCCGGGCAAUUGCGGAAGUAUCGAUUUGCAGAGAGCCGCUACUUUGUCUCGGAAGCGGACUUGGAGGAGUUGAAGCCCGACUGGCUUCGGCGCAAAGAGGAGGCCUUUGAGCGCAGGUCGGCUCUCGGCAGCUCCUUUCCCCAGGGAGGGAGGCGCGAGGGGAAACGCGAGCGGCAGCGGGAGAGCGAGUGCGUUCCCUGGGGCGAAACGCCCGACAGACAGAGGCCGAGAAAUUGUUGCUUUCUCUGCUUCCAGGACGACCACGCGCACUUCCAGUGUAAGGCGAAACACCUCUUCUGCCGCCUCUGCGCGGGCUUUGGCCACCCCGAAGACGCAUGCCCCCUUCUCCUCGUCGAACAGAGUCUCCGCGGAGAGCUGCGGUGCUUCCUCAGCGAUGGCCCUUCACCAGACGGUUUCGUCCCGGCGAGCGACAGCGAGAGCGGAGAAGGCGACCGAUCCAGCGACGCAGAGAGAGGCAUCAGGUGUCUGUCGUGUGGCGCGCGAGGCCACGCGAUCUGCUCAGAGCCCCCCGUCACGGUUCUUCAGCUUUACUGCUGCAGGUGUGGGCUGUACGGUCACUCUCGGAGUGACUGUCCCGGGAUGCUCUCCUGCGUGCGUGCUUCGUCUCGGGGCCGCCGUGGCGCGUCGCAUGCCCGCUUUGCCUGCCACUCGACCUUUGGUCGCAGCUUCUCUAGGUCGCCCUCUCGGGCUUUCCCGAGUAACUCUCACCUUCGCCACUCCAGUCACAUUCCUCAGGCGGGUCUCUACUCAGAGUCCGGCGGGAGCGAGAAGGCGCAUCGCCGGCCGGUGCACGGGUCCGCCGGGACCGGCCUCGGCGGAGAGACGAGCAGAGCGCAGGCAACAAUCUUCGACGAGAGGACGAAGAAGAGGGAGAAGAAGGAGAGGAAAAAGGAGAAGAAGAAGGAGCGGGCGAGGGCAGAGAAGCAGGCGAAGCACAAAGAGCGCCUCCGAGAAGAGAGAAAAAAACACGGGAAGGGAAGCUGGGACGUGCACUUUGGCGGGCACAACGGCACAGAGGGAGGACGCGGACCCAGUCGGGGAGAACGAGGGACGUGGGGAAACUCGGCGAACCAGCCGCCGGCGAAGCGAAGCAAACACAGACACCGCGGCCUCUCCUGA